UACAAAGGUGUGCUUUAGAUUCUGGCAGCCACUGAACUUACGACGCUUGUCGAAGAAAAACUAAAGAAAACUCCCGCCAUUAACGCGUUUUACACUUCCAUAACUCCAUUAACAGACAAACAAACAGACAGACCUGAGGCCACUAACUUCAACGUCAGUUUUAAUCGAACAAAGCAAAACAAAAACUUCUUAGAAGAAGAAAAGAUCGAAGAGCUAAAGUUCUAGAUGAGAGCCAAAACUAAGAGAUCGAUUCCAAAAUUAAGAUUACCGACUGUCUUUGUUUUGUGCUUUCUUUUCUUCCUCGCUGGUUUCUUCGGAUCCACUCUCCUUUCUCAGGAUGUGCCAAAUGUACGGCCGGGGAUGAAAAUGCUUGAAAUAGAGCAGGAGGAGCAAAAUGGGUUGAUGCCACAUGGCGAAACUGGAGAGGCUUCUCUUCAUUCAAUUCCAUUUCAGGUUUUGAGUUGGCAGCCACGAGCUCUUUUUUUCCCAAACUUUGCUACUGCAGAACAAUGCCAAAACAUUAUUGAAAUAGCGAAGUUGCGCCUUAAGCCGUCAACCCUGGCUUUACGAAAGGGAGAAACUGCUGAGAGUACUAAGGGGACUAGAACAAGUUCAGGCACAUUUAUUAGUGCAUAUGAAGAUAAAAGUGGAACCUUGGACUUCAUUGAGGAGAAAAUUGCAAGGGUUACUAUGAUCCCAAAGACUCAUGGGGAGGCAUUUAAUGUUUUGCGGUAUGAGAUUGGACAGAAGUAUGAUUCUCAUUAUGAUGCAUUCAACCCAGCGGAAUAUGGCCCACAAAAGAGCCAAAGGAUGGCUUCUUUCUUGUUGUAUCUAUCUGAUGUGGAGGAGGGUGGAGAAACCAUGUUCCCAUUUGAGAAUGGCUCAAAAAUAACUUGGAGCUAUGAUUACAAAAAAUGCAUUGGCCUAAAGGUGAAGCCACGGAGAGGGGAUGGGCUUCUAUUUUAUUCGCUGUUUCCAAAUGGCACAAUUGAUCGGGUAUACCAUCUUAUACGGAGGGGAACUGCAAAUUCUUUAGGUUUUAUUGAACAUAUGGGGAAUGGAUCAUGUUUCUAUUAUAAUCCCACCUUUCCCUCAAGGUCUUUUCUUCUAUGGAAAUUCCCAUUAGACAUCUCUUCAUGGAAGCUGUCCAGUAAUCAGAGGGCAGAAAUGGGUAGCCACAAAGUGGAUUAGAGAUCAAGAGCAAGAGGACUAACCAUCAAAUCCUAUUUGUUACCUGAGCUAUUAGUGUGUCAUUACAUUGAGAUCCAGGGAUCAAGACUUGGCAAAGAUAGAAGAAAGGAAAGAGGUUCAAACUAAUUAUAUACUACAAAACUUGUUUGCUUCUCUCAAGUUAACAAUCUAUAUGGAACGUUUCAUGUCAGCGGCUCCAGGACUUCUUGAUGUAGAGUUUUUGUGUGGAAAACGUCAAGAAAAACAACAUUUUAAUUUGUAACUCCAUUACAUUUCAUACCUAAUACUUUUCAAUAAUAACGGAUGCAUUUUGUAUUAAGCGAUCAUAUCAGGCUAAAUGAAAUAAAACCUAUAUUGGGUGACA